AUAGCAUCUGCAGUGCUGGCCAGUCCUGCUUUCUCCUCAUUCUCCCCUCGCAUUGUCGACCGUUGCGGAGGUGGUGCAUGUAUUAAAACGGCGUCCGUUUCCCCUCCGAGGCGCCGGUGAGUUUGCGGCAGAACUUCACGCAUCCUGGUCCAGGGGCCACCGACGGACUGCGACUUGAGCGACAGGGAUUGGGAGACAUUCGAGAACAAACCUCCAUUCCACCGCUGCCUGUCUCCAUCACCCAGCCAUCACCACUGCGAACCCUCACAGCAACCACCCGCCCACUCGCUGACCGUCCCUGCGCACAACCUCCGCUGCCCGCGCUCGCUGUCGACUGUCGCUACCGCAAGGCCACCGCGCCGUUUCCACCGCACUCCCUUCGCGACCCAUCAUGGCUGGCGCUCUGGCCUCGCAAUGGCGCGCAUUCUGGCAUACCAUGACCUCUCCUGACCGCCACGCCGGCCCUGACACCCCCUUCGGACGCGGCCACGUUCCCGUCUCGCAAUCGCGGAGUGCCCUCACAUCCUCACGAAACACAAGUGCUUUGGAGUCAAGAACGGAUCUCGAUCUGGAAGCCGGUCAUGGCUUCGUCAACAGCACUACCAGCACUCCCGCCUCGCCCUCUUCACGCAACAGUCUCUCACGGCGAGGUUCAGCGCAGAAUGGCAAGAUGCCCGAGGUGGGCACAGGGGAGAUCCAGAUGCAGGCGUUCAGCGACGGCCUGCCUCCUCCACCACCGGUCAGCCACUCCUGGAAGCGCAUUGACCGCUGGCUGGAGGACAAUUAUGAAGAGCUGUGGGAGAACUUGGGCAUGGGAGCAACCGUGAACGACGUUAAUAUGUUGGAGCAAGAGCUCGACUGCACAUUGCCACAGGAAGUGAGAGAAUCACUGCAAAUCCACGACGGACAGGAGCGAGGAGGCUUGCCCACAGGUGUUGUCUUCGGGUGCAUGCUCAUGGAUAUCGAAGAAAUCAUCCAGGAGUGGCAGCAGUGGCGCACAGUGAACGAGGCAUACUUGAGCGACCAGCAUUCGUACGAAAUUCCUCAGGCGCCAUUAAAGGCAUUUGCCGGGUCAUCCUCGUCCGCGGUUCCGGUCGCGCAGCCACAGCAACCCGGCAACACAAAAUGGCGACAGGAGCUGCUGGACAAGCAGGACUCGCAGCCUCCUGGCGCGAUUCAGAAGGUCUAUGCCCACCCGGCAUGGAUUCCAUUGGCGCGAGACUGGGGAGGCAACAACAUUGCCAUUGAUCUGGCUCCAGGACCUGCAGGCAGGUGGGGUCAAGUCAUCCUGAUGGGACGCGACUACGACUGCAAAUACGUCGUCUCGAGAUCGUGGUCUGCUUUCCUCGCCACUCUGGCCGACGAUAUGCACACCGACAAGUGGUUCAUUGACGAGGACACGAAAGAGCUCAAGUUGAGAGAGUUUCCCAAACAAGGCGUGGAGCCUGCCUACAUUGAUAUUCUACGAUGGAGAUCAGAUCAAAAGUACGGCAGAAGGCCUCCGAAGAAGCGACCUUUGCGCAUCAACAGCAACGUUUCACCAAGCAUGAAUGGAUUCUCUCCUUACGGCUCACCCACCAAAGAGGACCGCGGCCGAUCACCACAACGUUUCGCGAACGGAAAGGCGCCAAUGCACAACUCAAGUCCUCGAGGUCACGGAGGAGUUGGCAGUCCACUUGCACGCGUCACAGAGGAGAGCUCGCCAAUCCACACUACCUCGCAGCCUUUGUCGAUUGACACGUCUAUCGAUACCAAGUCGACGGAAAAGCUCAUCUCUGCUAUUGACACGCCAAGACUAGACAAGGGCAAAGACAAGGCAGACAGCCCAACACUUCCCAACGGCGAGAUCGAGGACAGACGAAGCAGCCAACCUCUGACGCGAAGCCGACUCGGUAGCAGCAUGAUGAGCAACAGCGACGACGAAGAGAAGGAGAACGUCAAGCCUCCCAAGGAUUCCGGCAUCGCCAGCAUAGCUUCAGUGGAAGACGAGAUGAAGGAAGUCAAGAUCUAGAUGCGCGAUGCUUCUGAAGUCAGCUGCUACCAGACGAGAUUCGCGAACGAAAAGAGGUGCAUUUGUGUUGUUGAUUGAGCGUUGUUUUUGUGGCUUUUUGUCGAUGGGACAAGGGUGCGAGCAUCGCAUAGUAAGGCGUUGGCGGAGUUGUUGUUCUUUCACAGCCUCCGGUCAGUCACGGAUGACCGUCCUAAGUGGACGAAAGCGAGCGGUCCGAGACGACACACAAUAACAGAUGCGAAAAAGAAUUUACGGCAGUAGAAGCAGUUCUUCUCUUUACUUAUUAGUAGUAUCGAAGUGGACGUGCUGGCGAGCCAGGAGCUCGUAGGCUCGCUCCUCUUCAAAGGAGCCAGGCAAGUCAAGUCGAGAGAGAUGGGAAGUCAUGAGGCAGCAUAUGUAUAGUAAAGCCUUUUUACUCGAAUGAGAACGGAUUCCAACACCG